AUGGAGAGUGAAGAGUCUCCAGCACAGCAUCCGCCAGAGCGCAAAGGCAGGUGGACGGACGGUGGAAGGGCCGAUGGACCAAGAAGCCGAGAAGUCAAACGUUUCGACUUAACCCGGGACCUUUUGGGCGACAAGAGAUUCACCAUCUCGUUGGAUCGUUGGCAGCAGUGGCGCUGUGGGAAUGGCACCUUGCUCCAAGAGGAGAGCAAUCAGGAAUUCUUGACCUGGGAGGCUGAAGAUGGACGAGUGAGCAAUUGGGAAAGGCCAGUCCCAGAGGGCCCGGUGUAUUUCGAUGCUCCACCCGAUUGGAAUGAGAACGAGUGGCAGAUGCCAGGCAGGGGUGAUGGUUAUGGCCAGUGGGUUGCCGUAGAUGUCACCGAGAUGCCUGGGCAGGCCUGGAGCUUCAACCCCCAUGCCACUGAGUUUAAUCCUCACGCCCCAGAGCCACUUGGCGAGACCAGUGUGAAUCCGUUCUUCCGGUUUGUACCAUCUGGGCCCUCCCCGGAUGCUCGGAUGCCGCGCCGGGCCUAUGCCUCGCCCAAGGGAACUCCAGUGGUUUCUCCCGCGAUUGUUCCAGGUUGGGGACGAACGCCCACGCCUUCGCCGAUGAUCCGACCGGUGGGCUCGCCCUUGUUGCAGGCAGAAGCCGGGCUUCUGCCGGACUUGAGUGACCCGGGUGACUUCACCUUGCCCGCGGCGAUCGAGCUUCAGCUCGUGGAAGAAGGUCCGGAUGCCUUGGUCUCAGGCUCCCGCUUUGAUUGGACCGUCUCGGACCCCUGGCGGGAACUCUGCAAGUUUCCCAAGGACUCCUGUGUGAUGUCACCCACAUUCAGUAUCCAGGAAGGACAGAUGCAGCUGUCCUUCUACCCCAACGGCAGCCGUGAGGCGGAGCCGGGGCAUUGCUCGGUGGCCUUAUCGCGCGGACCUGACUGUCCUGGGAUCAAGUUCGAGUUCUCGGUCAACGGCAAAACCACGGGCCCCAAAGUGUGCUUGGGACGACGCUACCUAGGCGAUUACAUCAAGCCUUUUGAGGAUGAUGGAAAUGCGUCCCGGGUAGUGGUGUCAAUGAAUGAGACUUGGCAAGGUUUAGCCUGCUACGUCCUGCACGGGCGAAAAUCGCCACCUGUGCUGCUGGGUGGUCAGACAACGCGUGUCGAUGUCUUGUUUCUAGCUUGCCGCAUCCAGGUAUCCGUGGUAAGCAUGGCCAGGCUGUUCUCGGGUCAACCUGAACUUGGUUGGAAACUGAUCAAGUCAGAACGCGGAGGAUGUGUCCUUCGUAUGGUGAAGCCGGACAAUUCGUGA